AUGAAUCGGCCACCUAUGCGACAGUCGACGGAAGUCGCUCACCCCAAUCAGCCGCUGCUGAAGCAAGAACAAUCGCGACUGUCCACCUCCAGUCAUCGCGAUGGUGGUGCAGAAGGCAGGCCCAUGCUGCACCAUACCCGGCGGCCCACCAUCCGCAGUAGGAGCCCGGAGCAUACGGCGGAUCGGGCCACCCGUCGCAAAUAUAUCAUCGCAUCUGGUUUUCUGGUCUUGAGUUUGGUCAGUUUUGUCGUUCAGACUGAGACCGCCGUCUAUAUACAGCACGAUUUGGGCUGGGACAAGCCGUAUUGCAUGCUCUACCUCACGCACGGAUCAUGGUCUCUCCUCUGGCCCUUCCAGCUCUUGAUCUUGCGGUUACAGAAUCGGAAAAUGACAUGGGAUGCAUUCUGGCGGCGCCACGUCUUCCUGUUGCGCACAACGGGGCAGAUGGUGGAGGCCCAGGAUAUUCAUCCCACUUCGCGCCAUUCCCCGAUUCCCUACCUGCUCAAGAUGACGGUGUUUGUCACCAGCGCUCUCACCGUCGCCGGUGGGUCGUGGUAUGUGGCCGUGAACAUGACCACCGCCAGCGAUCUGACAGCCAUCUACAACUGCUCCGCCUUCUUCGCCUACGCGUUCUCCAUCCCCUUACUCAAGGACAAGCUUCGCGCCGACAAGGUGUUUGCAGUGGGAGUGGCCAUUGUCGGCGUGCUCGUCGUCGCCUACGGAGGUCACACUGAGAGCAAGAAGACGCCCGACGGCACGGUGGGUACGCCCCAUGACGAGGCGCGAAAUAGGUUGCUUGGAAAUAUCAUCAUCGGAAUCGGCAGCGUGCUGUAUGGUCUAUACGAGGUCCUGUAUAAGCGAUACGCCUGCCCCCCGGAGGGCAUCAGCCCCGGCCGGAGCAUGAUCUUCGCCAACACCUUUGGCAGCCUCAUCGGCUGCUUCACGCUCUCCGUCUUGUGGAUCCCGCUGCCCAUCCUGCACGUCCUGGGUCUGGAGACCUUCCGCUGGCCCACGGGCGAAGCCGCCUGGUUGCUCGUCAUUUCCGUCAUCGCCAACGCCACAUUCUCCGGCGCCUUCCUUGUCCUCAUCUCCCUCACCUCCCCCGUCCUCUCCUCCGUCGCCGCCCUCCUCACCAUCUUCCUCGUCGCCAUCGUCGACUGGAUGCGCACCGGCCAGCCCCUCUCCAUGGGCUCCAUCAUCGGCGGCGUCCUCAUCAUAGUGGCCUUCUUCCUCCUCAGCUGGAGCACCUACCGCGAGAUGAACGAGGAGCGAUUAAAGAAGUUGGAACACGAGCAAGUCGAGUCGGGGAGUGAUGAUUGA